AGCACAUACAGCAGCAGAAGGCCAAAUCGUCAGUGGGAUUCCGAAGACUGCGUUUUAGCGAAUCCCGCUCGUUUAUUGUAUGCUCCCUCCACGGUGCUCGUGUCUCCCUCCUGUGUGUCAGCUGAAGCCGCGCGGAGUCCCUAGACAGGAGGGCGACCCCUUGUGCUGAGGCCUGAAACCAGAGAGCUUGAGAUUAAGAUUGGAAUUGGGAUUUAUUUUUGGGCUGUCAGCGUCCGCUUUAUAAGAUUCAUCCGUAGCUGCCGUUGCGUUGCCCGCCAUGUCGAGGCGCUAUGACAGUCGCACGACGACGUUUUCGCCGGAAGGACGGCUGUUCCAGGUGGAAUAUGCGAUGGAGGCGAUCAGCCACGCCGGAUCAGCCAUAGGCAUUCUGGCAACAGACGGCGUGGUUCUGGCGGCUGAAAAGCGCAUCACGUCGAAGCUGCUGGAGAGCAGCAAGACGAACGAGAAGAUGUACCGGAUCGACGACCACGUGGCUGCUGCUGUGGCUGGGAUAACCGCUGAUGCAAACAUUCUGGUCAAUUCUGCUCGGCUUGCGGCCCAGCGAUACUCAUAUGCGUACCAGGAGCCCAUUCCUCUGGAGCAGCUGGUGCAGUCUCUAUGCGACACCAAGCAGGGCUACACACAGUUUGGCGGCCUGCGCCCCUUCGGCGUUUCCUUCCUCUUCGCAGGUUGGGACAAGCACCACCAGUUCCAGCUGUACCACUCAGACCCUUCGGGAAACUACGGCGGGUGGCGUGCGUGCGCCAUAGGGGCCAAUCACGGCGCGGCGCAGUCUCUGCUGAAGCAGGAGUACAAGGAGGAGAAGGGGCCGGGAGGGGAGGCGAUCCCAGGGAUGGACCUGGAGGGAGCGGUGCAGCUGGCACUGAAGGUGCUGAGCAAGACCAUGGACAGCACGAGCCUGAGUGCCGAGAAGAUUGAGCUGGCUAAAGUGUGCCUGGAGGACGGGCAAGUCAGGUACCAUGUGUUUGGAGCCAAGGAGAUUGACGAGCUGCUGCUGAAGUAUGAGAUGGCUCAACCCAAGGAGGAGGAGAGAUGAGGAUGGGGGGUUGGGGAAGGGGAGGGGAGGUUUGAGUACCUCCUGUGCCUGUAUCUACGUCAUAUUGGUUGUAUUGCGACUUUGAAAUGUUAGCCACAAUCUUACAGAUCGCGUUUAGGGCGUGUCCCACUCACGCAACACCCUACCCAGCCACUUCAGAUUGUUUGAGCUGUCUUACUCAGAGCGCAUUUGACAGGAUUCUAUUUAUCAGACUAUUUUUGUCUGAUUUUCUGAAUCUGGAAACUGCAGCUCCUAUUAUGAAGACACGUUGUGUAUGAAGUACAUGGUAGAGUGUUCCGAUUUCUUGAAAA